AACUCGGUAGCAACAUCCACAACGGCGGUAGCACACAGAUGGCUCCUGUACCUGUAGGGACUCUCAGUUCAUCACUCUUCACAGCCACCGUCCUCCUCACUUUCUUGACCUCUUUUGCCCCUUCUUCUUCAUUAGAUGGCACCCUGCUGGGUGAUGAAUCUGGUAAGGACUUCCAGGCACUCCUUUGUCUCAAGAACCACCUUUCUAACAAUACCGAAGUCCUCGCCUCGUGGAACAAUACCCUCCAGUAUUACAGUUGGCCUGGUGUCACCUGUGGCAAGAAGCACGCAUCUCGUGUCACAGCACUUGACCUUGAAUCGCUAGGCCUGAAUGGCCAGAUACCACCCUGCAUUGGUAAUCUCACUUUCCUCGCAAGAAUCAACCUCCAGGAUAACCUGCUGAAUGGUGGGAUCCCGCCUGAGGUAGGUCAUCUGCGUCACCUUGCUCAGCUCUCCCUUCCAAAUAACAAUCUUGCUGGCGUAAUACCGAACUCUCUUUCUACCUGUUCUAGCCUUCAGACUAUUGAUCUCGGAAGUAACUCCCUCCAGGGGGAGAUACCUCUAGGUUUGACCAACUGUUUAAAUCUCACAGACAUCUUACUCGAUAACAAGCUCAAUGGAAGCAUUCCAGAUGGGUUCGGCAUGCUUCCUAAGCUUUAUGCUCUGUACGUUCCUGGCAACAAGUUGACGGGCAGUAUUCCUUACUCACUUGGAAGCAGCCCAUCACUCUACUUUGUUGUGCUGGCAAACAACAGCCUAACUGGGGGCAUCCCGCCUCUCUUAGCAAAUAGUUCAUCACUUGGAUGGCUGGAAUUGGGAAGCAAUGACCUCGAUGGAGAGGUACCUCCUUCUCUCUUCAACAGCUCAUCUCUUGAAAUCAUAAUAUUAAACGGAAAUAAUUUCUUUGGAUCAAUUCCACCUUUCUCACCCACCUCGCCAUUGCAAACUCUGUCCCUAUCAUUCAAUAAUAUCACAGGAAAAAUACCUUCCUCUGUUGGGAACUCUUCUUCCCUUCUUGAGCUUUUGCUUGCAGGGAAUCACUUGCAAGGCAACAUUCCAUGGAGUUUAAGUAAAAUCCCAUGCUUGGAAAAAUUAGAUCUGACUAACAACAACUUAUCAGGAGUCGUUCCAGGCUCUCUCUAUGAUAUAUCGACACUCAAAUACCUUGGCAUGGGCAAUAACAUCUUAACAGGAGAAAUUCCAGAAAAUAUUGGCCACACCCUUCCAAACAUCCAGGCAUUCAUUGUUCAGGGAAACAGAUUCGGAGGUCGUAUUCCCACUUCAAUGGCUGAGACCACAAAUCUUCAGAGAAUUAAUCUCCGUGACAAUGCAUUCCAUGGUAUUGUUCCUUAUUUUGGGUCUUUGCCCGACUUAACUGAACUAGAUCUAGGCAAGAACCAACUCGAAGCUGGAGACUGGACUUUCCUCCACUCGCUCGCCAGUUGUACAAAGCUGGCUAUUUUACGCUUAGACGCGAACAACCUACAAGGUGAACUGCCAAAGUCCAUAGGCAAUCUUCCAAAAAGCUUAGAAUCUCUAUUGUUGACAGCGAAUAAAAUAUCUGGCACCAUACCACAUGAGAUAGGGAACCUUAGUAGCCUCAAACUUCUUUACAUGGAGCACAAUCUGCUUACUGGAACCCUUCCUGACUCACUUGGAAACCUUUCAAACUUGUUCGUUCUAAGCUUAUCAGGAAACAAGCUAUCUGGCCAAAUCCCACUUUCAAUUCAUAACCUCGGCCAACUAAGUGAGCUCUAUUUGCAUCAAAAUAAUUUGAGUGGACCCAUCCCAGUAGCUUUAGCAGAGUGCAAUAAGUUACACACCCUAAACCUCUCUUGCAACUCAUUUGAUGGAACAAUACCAAAAGAACUAUUUACUGUUUCCACACUUUCUGAAGGUCUUGAUCUCUCUCGCAACAAACUCUCUGGGCAUAUACCAGUGGAGAUUGGCAAAUUAAUCAACCUUUCCCCCCUCGAUAUUUCCAACAACCUGUUGAUUGGAGAAAUUCCCUCAACUCUAGGCGAGUGCCUCCAUUUAGAGUCCCUCCACCUGGAAGGGAAUCUACUUGAUGGGCGAAUCCCUCAAUCUUUCGCUGCAUUGAAAGGCAUCAGUGACAUGGACCUUUCUCGAAACAACUUGUCUGGUCAAGUUCCAGACUUCUUUGAGGCUUUCAGCUCCAUGUCACUUCUCAAUUUGUCAUUCAACAACCUGGAGGGGCCCAUGCCAACUGGUGGGAUCUUCCAAAAUGCAAGCAAGGUGUUCGUCCAAGGGAACAAAGAGUUGUGUGCUGUCUCGCCACUAUUGAGUUUGCCACUUUGCCACACAGCUGCCUCUCAACAAAGGCAUAGAUCCAACAUUGCGAAUAUAGUAGGACUUUCUGUUCUUGCCUUAGUGAUGUUAUCAUGUUUUGGAGUCAUUUUCUUGAAGAAGAGAAAGAAAGUCAAACAAGAAGAUUAUCCAUCCUUUGAGGAGUUAAAGAAGUUCACAUAUGCUGACUUAGUGAAAGCAACAAAUGGUUUCUCAUUAGCCAACUUGGUUGGUUCAGGAAAGUAUGGGUCCGUAUACAAAGGUAGAAUUGAGUCUGAAGAAGAUGCAGUUGCUAUCAAAGUUUUCAAACUUGAUCAGCCUGGGGCGACGAAAAGCUUCGUUGCUGAAUGUCAGGCACUCAAAAACACUCGUCAUCGUAAUCUUGUAAGGGUGAUCACUGUAUGCUCGACGAGUGAUCUGACAGGACAUGAGUUCAAAGCUCUUCUCCUUGAAUAUAUGGUUAAUGGCAACCUUGAAAGUUGGCUCCAUCCAACACUCCACGAGCAACAUCUGAAAAGGCCCUUGUCCUUGAGUUCAAGAAUAGCAAUAGCAGUGGACAUAGCAGCUGCUUUGGAUUACCUGCAUAACCAAUGCAUGCCUCCUAUGACACACUGUGAUCUGAAGCCAAGCAAUGUCCUUCUGGAUGAUGUCAUGGGCGCAUGUGUUGGUGACUUCGGGUUGACUAAGUUCAUACACAGUUAUACUUCAAGGAUUGAUGGUUCUACAAGCUUAGUUGGACCAAGAGGAUCAGUUGGAUACAUUGCACCAGAAUAUGGCUUUGGGAGCAAAAUCUCCACUGAGGGUGAUGUUUACAGCUUUGGAAUCAUCGUCUUAGAAAUGCUCACAGGGAAGCGUCCAACUGAUGAGAUGUUUAAAGAUGGCCUGAGCCUUUACAAUUUUGUGGAAAAAUCAUUUCCUAAAAAGAUUGGUGAGAUUCUAGAUCCGAGAAUCAUUCCUUAUUAUGGGGACCAAGAUGAAGAAGCAGCAAGUAGUCCAAACCAAGAAAAUCAUCAGCAAAUGGCUGGAAUGAGCUGUAUCAUCGAGCUCGUUAAGAUUGGCCUCAUGUGCACUGCGGAGACACCCAAAUAUCGCCCCUCGAUGCAGGACGUUUACAUUGAGGUCACCGCAAUCAAAGAAGCAUUUUCAGCACUGCAGGGUUGAGCAAAAGUAGAAUCAUUUUCUAUUUGCCCAGAUGUUGCUGCUGCAGGAUGACCUAAGGAUAGUUUACUUUACAUAAUGCUAUAUUUUUCUCGACAGAAAUCGUGUUAUGUUGUGGAUCGUCCUCCAUUUUACAAGUAAAUCUAUGUUGGUCGCGUAUGUAAACUGUGGUUCAACCUACUUCUAUCUCAAAUAAAAUCAAAUAAAAGGUUCAGCAUAGGAAAUUUUCUUUC